AUGGUAAUAGUUAAUGUGCCUGCUGUCGAUGUCGGUGUCAAGGUGGUGAUCGUGAUCGAGAUCGAGAUCGUAAGCGAUCGGACCGAUGCCCCAAGUACAUCGUUAGGGGCCGCACCGGCCCUCUCCAAGUCUCUAGUCUCCAGUUUCCAGUUUCCAGGGCCCCGGGCGCCCCGGCGCCCCCACGCUGCGGCUGCAGGCACGGCUGAAUCCUUCCAGAACUGUCACUGCUACAGGCUCCCGCUGUAA